UAAACACUCUGUCCUGAGUUUAAAACCCUUUACAGUUGCUGAGGUGUUAACACUGUUGGUCAUCCUCUGCUCAUCAUCCAACCAAUCAUGCGGUCUGCUCUGAUCCUUCUGCUGUGCAUCCUGGGAGCAGCCCUGUGGUCCGGCGCGUUGGCCAACAAUGCAAAUCUUCCUGAAGAAUGCUGUUUCAAGUAUUACACAAGAAAAAUCCCCAGACAAUCCAUCAGGGAAUAUGAAAUGACAAGAUCUGACUGCUCUAAGAAGGGAGUCAUCUUGUUCACAAAAAAGAACUUCCGCUUCUGUGCCAAUCCAGAAGACCCUACGAUUGAGAAGAUCAUGAAGUCCAUCGACGAGAGUAAAUUCUAGUAACCACUUCCCAGGAAGAAGGCUAAAGUCUAAACAGUCAACUCCUGCUCCUACUUCUUUUUCAGCUCUGCGUAAAAUAACAUGUAACAUUUUUUACAUGUAGUGACAAAGUGUCAAUUGAUAUGCUAGCAAUCAUAGUGAUAAUUUAGUAAAUGUGUAACACGUGUAUCAGAUAUAAUGAUCAUGUUAUGAACAUGAAAUGCAUUUUAUCACUCAACAAAGGUGUUUACUGAUAAAAGGACUCAUUUGACUCACUUCACAAAAAAGGCAGAGAGGAAUUUCUUACUUGCAUGAGUACAGGUGACUGACGUUUUCCUCAGAGUGACCUGACAAUUUCACUUAACUCCUAUUUAUAGCAUACCAUGAAAAUACAAAUCAGGUCAAUGUAAAAUAGUGGCACUAAGUAAUAAUAAAACAAAUAUGGUUUCUUGUUGUUGACCAAUCGGUCAUAUAAAAAUCAAUGAUCUACCUUGGGGGUAUUUGAGUGUCUGUGGAAAGGGUGGCACAAGAGACCUCAAAAAUCAAGGCAACUACAUUUAGAAAAACCCAAACCUUGAAUCAUGUUAUUUUUUUUACACUGUUGUCUCUCAAUAGGUGACUAGGCUAUAAAUAGGUAAAAGUUAAGUGCAAUGGUCAAGUUACUGUGAGUAAGAGGUCAGCUUGACGUCAGUCACCUGUACUCAUCCUGAACAACAGAUUAAAGUGAGCAAAUAAUAAAUAAUACAUGAAUCUCUGCCUUUUUUGUUGUUGAUUUUUCCAAAUGUUUUCUGCCUCAAAUGAGUCCUUUUGGAACUUUUUCUUGGUAAGCCUUUUUUUUUCAUCAUUGUCAAUCUUCCCUUCUCCCUUUUGUGUUUGCUGUAGAGCAGAAGCCUUCCUGAUCUCUUAUCUAUACUUCUCCCUUUGUGUUUGCUGUAGAGCAGAAGCCUUCCUGAUCUCUUAUCUAUACUUCUCCCUUUGUGUUUGCUGUAGAGCAGAAGCCUUCCUGAUCUCUUAUCUAUACUUCUCCCUUUUUGUGUUUGCUGUAGAGCAGAAGCCUUCCUGAUCUCUUAUCUAUACUUCUCCCUUUGUGUUUGCUGUAGAGCAGAAGCCUUCCUGAUCUCUUAUCUAUACUUCUCCCUUUGUGUUUGCUGUAGAGCAGAAGCCUUCCUGAUCUCUUAUCUAUACUUCUCCCUUUGUGUUUGCUGUAGAGCAGAAGCCUUCCUGAUCUCUUAUCUAUACUUCUCCCUUUUGUGUUUGCUGUAGAGCAGAAGCCUUCCUGAUCUCUUAUCUAUACUUCUCCCUUUGUGUUUGCUGUAGAGCAGAAGCCUUCCUGAUCUCUUAUCUAUACUUCUCCCUUUGUGUUUGCUGUAGAGCAGAAGCCUUCCUGAUCUCUUAUCUAUACUUCAUCCCUUGGUUAGAGGCUGUCAUUUUCUAUCACAAACAUUUAUCAUGCAUGAAUAAUACGGCAUGUACUGGCUGUCUUUUGUCUGGAACAAUAAAAUAAUACCACUUUUA